AUGUCAACAACAGAGAACACAACAACAGUUAUAGUCCAUGAAGCUAUAAAUGAAGAAUACGAGUACAUACAGUUUAACAAACAACUCCGUCUCAUUCGUUCAGUCAAAGAUGACAUGUACCAAAUGCAAAGUAUUUUGACAGCAUGUUAUGCUCCAGAUACUAAGCUUCCUAAAGACUGGUUUAGGAACCAAAGCACACAAGAACUUUUGAGCGAAGAACAGCGAGUAGGUAAAAAACCCCAGUCGCCAAAACUCUAUGAAAAUCGUGAAAAAUUGCCAAAUGGUUUGAGAGGUUGGUAUGUACAUAGACUUCUUGUAAAUGCUGUUGCAAUGUGGGCUUCGCCUCGUUAUGCUUGGAAUAUUUACAGACUUCUUGACGAAAUUCAUAGACAAGAACGUGAAGAGCUAGAGAACAAGCUUGAAGCAAAAGACAAAAGCAUUCAGAAAAGAAUACCACGUUCGGUACCAAAAGGAAAGGAAAAGAACUAUAAGUAUAUGAUUUAUACUGAAGAGAUGGAAAAUGAAGAAGAUAAAGAUAUGGUUAUGUUGCAUUUAGUCAGAAGAAACAACAAAAGCUUUUACGACCUUGCUAAGAUUUACAAAUCUGACAGAAAUUGGUUCUAUCGCGAAAACUUACCGAUUUCAAUGACCCCAAAUGAAGAUGUGAAACAAAUAGUUCAAGAUACUUUACCUCAAACACACUAUGAUAUGAAAGGUUGUACAAUACUUACCUUCAAAGAAGAUUUGCCAUUGUUAAAGGAAAAAAUAACAGAGUAUUUUGACAACUUCAAACAAGUAGAGUAA